AUGUAUCAGGGCCUGGCCCUCGCCCCCAACCAUGGCCAGCCGCCCUAUUCCCACGACUCCGGCAGCUUCCUGCACUCGUCGGCCGCCUCGCCUGUCUACGUGCCCAGCACGCGGGUGCCCUCGGUGCUCCAGACGCUGCCCUACCUGCAGAGCUGCGAGCCGCACCAGAGCCCGCUGGGCACCCCGCCGGGCUGGCCGCAGGGCGCCGCCGAGCCCGCCGCCUUCAACGGCGGCAGCGCCCACGCGCCCUCGGGCUUCUCGUACCCGCACAGCCCCGCGGGCAGCAGCCCCUCGGGCCGCGACGGCGCCUACCAGGGGUCCCUGCUGCUGGGCGGCGGGGGCCGCGAGCAGUUCGGCAACGCCUUGGUGCGCUCCGUCAACGGCUCCUACUCCAGCGCCUACCCCGCCUACGUGACCCCCGACAUCCCUCCCUCCUGGACGGCUGGACACUUUGAGAGCAGCGUGCUGCACAGCCUGCAGACCAGGCAGGCGGCCUUGCCCGGCCGCAGAUCCACUUUCGAGUACCUGGAGGAGUUUCCUGGGGACGGCAGGGAGUGCGUCAACUGCGGGGCCAUGUCCACGCCGCUCUGGAGGAAGGACGGCACCGGCCACUACCUGUGCAACGCCUGCGGGCUCUACCACAAAAUGAACGGCAUCAACCGGCCGCUCAAGCCACAGAAGAGGCUGUCGUCGUCGCGGCGCGCCGGGCUCUGCUGCACUAACUGCCACACCACCAACACCACGCUCUGGAGGAGGAAUGCCGAGGGGGAGCCCGUCUGCAACGCCUGCGGCCUCUACAUGAAGCUGCACGGGGUGCCGCGGCCUCUGGCCAUGAAAAAGGAAAGUAUCCAGACCAGGAAACGGAAGCCUAAGAACAUCACCAAAGGCAAAAGCUCCACAGGGUCUACGACUUCGGCCACCAACUCCCCUUCUUCCAUUACCACCUCAGACAGCACGGUCACUUUAAAGUCAGAGCCCAGUGCCACCUCGCAGUACCCCGGACAAGGCGUCGUGUCCGUGUCCCAGGCGCCUGGGCAGCCGGAGGACGCGCUGGCCGCCGCCGGGGACUUCAAGUUCGAGGCGGAGGAUUACGGCUUCGCGGCGGGCAGCGCGGCGCAGCCCGCGGGGCUCAGCGUCCCGCUCCGGCAGGACUCCUGGUGCGCGCUGGCCCUCGCCUAG